CAAUAACACAAGAAAGUUACAUGCAUCACGUAAUGAGUUGUUUGCUGUGACAUCUAGUGACGCAGAAACAUUCAGUGAAGUAUGUUAUUUAUUCUUUUUAUUUUAGGCGGCAUUGAAAAUGAAGAAGUCGAUCUACCAUCAGUACAUCAGGCUGCAGCACAAGGUGCAAUACCUGCACUUAUAGAGGCAAUAUGGCAAGAUCCAAGUAUGUUAGAACUUCAAAACGAAGAAGGUAGCUUAUCUCCACUAGGAACUGCCACUCAAGCUCAACAAUUAAUUGCUAUAAAACAACUAGUAAAGAUGGGAGCUAAUAUAAAUGCACAAGAUAAAUUUGGUAGAACAUCUUUAUCUAUCGCUGCCUAUCAAGGGUGGCAUGAAGGUGUGGUAUAUUUGUUAAGACAUGGAGCUAAACAUCAGAUAGUAGAUAAAUCAGGGAGAACUCCUCUUCAUGCUUCAACAUAUGAUAAAAGCACAAGCACGAUGACAGUGUUGCUACAAACGUUAACUCAAGAAGAGGUCAAUAAACCCGAUACCGAGUUGAUGACCGCCUUGCACUGGGCAGCUUUUCACAAUCGUCCACAACAUAUGGAAUUACUGGUGCAGAAAGGUGCCGAUAUAUUCGCUCAAGAUAUAGAUGGUAAAACACCUUUACACUGGGCUUCUCAGGUACCAUUAUACUACAUGUGA